CACAGACAAUUUUUCUUUUCCAGGGCAAGACUCUAGAAUGAAGCAACUCCAAGCAGGUCCCUGAAACUUUCACAGGAAGAAAUGUUCAAUACAAGCACGGUGACUGAAUUCCAGCUUCUAGGUUUAUCCAAGAUCCAAGAACUUCAAACUAUACAUUUUGUUACGUUCUUGGCAAUUUACUUGGUGGCCCUGAUGGGUAAUUUCCUAAUUAUCACUGUCAUAGUCCUUAAUCCCCACCUUCAUACUCCUAUGUACUUCUUCUUGGUAAACCUCUCUGUUGCUGACCUUGGUGCCAUUUCUGUCACUAUUCCCAAAUCCAUGACCCACAUCGGAACAAUUUCCUAUACUGGAUGUGCUGCUCAAGUGUUUUUUCUCAUCUUUUUUAUGGCUGUAGAUGUCUCUCUCCUCACAGUUAUGGCAUAUGAUCGAUUUGUUGCUAUUUGUGAUCCAUUGCACUACACAAUCAUGAUGAGCAGGGAAUCCUGUGUGAAAAUGGCAAUAAUUGCAUGGGUCAGUGGCCUUCUCUAUGGAUUAGUCCAUGUUGGUGGCACCUUCUCUAUCACAUUUUGCUCCAAUGUUGUCAACCAGUUCUUUUGUGAGAUCCCCCAGAUAUUAAGACUCUCCUGCUCUGACCUGUAUCUCAUAGAAAUUGGGAUUCUAGUUUUCAGUGCCUUUCUGGUUUUCAGUUGCUUUAUAUUCAUAAUACUUUCUUAUAUGCAAAUCUUCAGAGCUGUAAUGAAAAUACCCUCCAUGAAGGGAAGACAGAAAGCAUUCUCUACCUGCUUGCCUCAUCUGAUUGUUGUCUCCUUAUUUAUCUGCAUCUGUGCCUUUGCCUAUUUGAAGCCAAUCUCAAGAUGUCCGUCUGAUUUUGACCUGGUAGCUACUGUGAUUUACUGUUCUGUGCCAUUCAUGAUGAAUCCAAUCAUUUAUAGUAUAAGGAAUAAAGAUAUACAAACUGCUCUAUGGAAGCUCCUUAACCAUCUCACUCUCUGGGUGGUUUAAUGUUCUCCUUCAUUCACUUUCCUCAGAUGUAUGGAUAGAAAGAGGAUUGAGUGUAACAUUGUAUGUAGUGGUGGGAAGCAGGAUAUUAAGUGAAU